UCACCAAAGCGUGCUCAUGCUAUGGCUGAGAUAGUUCAUGAAUGGCGUCAAGGAGAGGGUGGCGACUCAAAGAAAAAGUUGGUUGAUUUGUGCAAAACAAGGUGGGUAGCGCGACAUGAAGCCCUUGUCGUGUUUGCUGAGCUUUAUCCAGCUGUUUUAACGACGUUGGAGACAAUCAGCAGAAACAGGGGUGGAACAGUUACAUGGAACGCUACUAGCUCCUCCUCUGCUACAUCUCUCCACAAUAACCUAACCCAGUUCCGAUUUCUUGCAACAUUUGUGAUAACAUCAAAAUUGAUGGCUGCAAUUCAAAGCCUAACAUCAAGUCUCCAAGAGAAAGCCACAGAUGUUGCAAAGGCUUACAAACACGUCGCUAGAGUCAUCUCCGUUCUUCAAGAUAUGCGGGACAACAUCAACGACAGGCAUGGUGAAUGGUGGACAGACGUUCAGGCUUUGUGUCUGAAGACUGGAGUGCAAGAGAGUCUCCCAAGAUAUUGCAGUAGGCAGACGUACCGUGGGAACAUUCCAGCGCAAACGCCAGUUGACUACUAUCGCCUGAACGUGAGUAUACCGCUACUAGAUGACAUUAUUUCGCAAAUGAAUAUCCGGUUUGGAAACCUUCAACAACUAGCUAUGAAAGGAAUGUCAUUUAUGCCGACGAUUUUGCUACGUGAUGCUUCAGCCAAAGCAGAUAUUCUUGAAUUUGGAAAGGCAUAUCAAAGUGAUUUUCCUACUGCGAGUCCGAACUUGGAUGCGCUGUCUGCAGAAAUUGACUUGUGGAUUGCCAUACUGAAAUCACUGCCCAUUUCAGAGCACCCCGCUACUGUAGCAGAAGCGUUGCGUUUGGCAAUGGGUAAUCCACUAAUUCCAACUGUGUCGAGGCUAUUGCGCCUUGUCUGCACCUGGCCUGUGACGUCCUGUGAGUGCGAGCGGUCUAUAAGUGCUCUCAAUCGCGUCAAGACAUCUCUCCGGGCAUCCAUGUCGCAGAUCCGAUUCAACGGACUUGUCAUGCUGCAUGUCCAUUACAACAGGAAGUUGUCACACUUGGACGUGAUCCGCUUAUUUUCUGCCAGGAACCCGAGAAAGAUUAUUCUCCCAAACUUUGGAGAGCCAUACUCAGACAGUGAACUAGCUAACACUUUUGUACUGGAUACUGAUUCACCAGAAGACACGUGGGACACUGAGCUAGACAGCUAAAUGACUUAGUUUACAAUUUUGAAGUUGUGUGAAACGUUUAUGCUAUUAUCAUAUUCACUACAGAUAUCAAGCUCGUAAGAUUUGGAAACCCCUCUGGAAACCCUUGA